AUGUUAACCCGAUCUCUCUUGUCCUUUCCCGCGCUUGCGCUGGCAUCAAUUGUCAUCGAAGACCCAUCGAAUGUGAUCAAUCCCUCGUUAUGGGGUUCUGACAAUGCGAUUGUGCCGGACUAUGACAUUUCUAUGGUUAGCAGUCAACCGUCUGCAAUCGAAGCAACUCAUAAAGUUGACGGAGAGAGCUCGAGUGCGAAUCAUGUUACAUGGUCCGCUACAGCCAACGAUACCAGCGUACUUCUCGUGGCAAAUGAUGCCACAUUUACUGGUUCCUACAUCACGUUCGAAAAGUCCGGAUACUCGACCAACUUGGACGAUGCAAGCUUCUGGGGCUUCAAUGCUGCUGUUAAUGUUGCCAACGCUUCUACGGCUCAUUUCCGUCAUGUCAAUGUUACCGUCCACAAUGGUGCGGCCCAGUUCUACUCCUACGGAACCGAUACUGUCGUUCAUGUUAACGAUGCCUGGCUUUACUCCUCCGGUCCUGUCUACUCUGGUGGAAAGCGUUCAUCGAGCUUCUCGGGCGAUUCCCCCGCAGGCUACAUUUACGUAUACGACAGUGUGGCACACGCAGCUGGUAUUGGCUCGGCCAGCUUCUACGCCCUUGGUGAAAUCCACGCAACGAAUGUCGUCAGUCUAUCUGAGAAUGGACCCGUUGUCUUUUCGGAUGGAGCACAAACAACAAACCUGCUCGAUUGUGAUUGCACGGCCGGACUUUUGGGUGGAGUUGCGAUGUUCAGCAGUGCGGAAAGAGACAGCGGAGCCAAACUGAAUUUGACCAACACCAAGUUCACUACAACUGGCUCUGUGAUGCCUGGUCUCUGGUUUGGAAAUGUUAUUGCUGAGGCUACUUUGCAAAACUCCCAGCUAGUUACUAAGUCGGGUGUCCUUGUUGUCGCCAAUUACUCUCAGAUCACCCAGGACUUUGACUACUAUGCCGGCUAUGCUGAUAACAAUGACCUCAAGCCAGCUGAGGUCACUGUCACUGUCACCGAGUCUGACUUGACCGGCGACUUGGUUGCCUACAAUGGUAGCUAUAUCAACUGGUCUCUUGGUAAACAUAGCUCAUGGACGGGUUAUGCGUACUCUGGAUACGGUGAUGCGACCUUUGAUGUGACUCUUGAUUCUACCAGCACUUGGACAUUGACUGGAGAUACCACUGUUCAGAAUCUUACUGAUUCCCGAUCCAGUCUGACCAACAUUUAUAGUCAGGGAUACACGCUUUAUUACAAUGCCAGUGUGAGUACCUGGUUGGAUGGGAAGACGAUCAGUCUGUCUGGUGGUGGAUCAGCCGAGCCUAUCUCAUCUUCGUCUUCUAAGCGGGCUAGCUCUGUUCGAGGCAGCGUUCGCAGACCCUGGAGAGCCUAA